AUGAAAUUUAUUGCUGAAUUUGGCUUUGAAUACCAGAUAAGCCCUGGAUGGAUUUCUCUGUGCCUUCAGAUCGGUGCUCUCUUCCCGGUACAUCGACAGAUCGCCGGCUCCGAGUCAUGCGGACAGAUCUGGGAGCAGUACGGUAUUCAACGGACGGAGAUCGCCCUACGUACUGUACGCGAACUGCAAGAUCAGUUACCGUUUCGACUUGGGAUAUCAGUACGGGACUCGUGUUGGACGGAACGGAUCGCCAUGGAGCAGACGAUUGCGUUUCUGCGCGAAGGCGUUGCCCAAUGCAGUUGCUGUCAAACACCCGGAUGCAACAAGAAGAGCGUUGCCGGUGGUCGCCAUUGUCGGUCCCGGCAAGAGCUCAGCGACGAUAGCCGUCCAAAAUCUUAUCCAGGUGGUCGCGGACGCAAAUGUCGCGAGAGUAUGUGGCCACCAGCACCGCCCCGCGCAGUCCGCGGCUUAGCCGAAAGUGCGAGAAAUGGUGGUUCCGAAUCCCUCAAAUCGGUUACUCGGCGACACACCGAUCUGUCGACAAAUGAGCAGUUCGGUGUUGUUCCGUCCGAUGUGUGGCAAGCUCAAGCUAUCAAUCGUCUUCUUCAUCAUUACAAUUGGACCUACAUCGCCGUUCUCUAUUCCGCA